CCCGUCACCUACCUCCGUCCCCAGAUCCGCCUCCUCCUCCUUCCCUGCCUGCCUCCCCCCCUUCCAGAUCUCCCGCCCACUCCAGAGUCGAGAUCCACCGCCUCCCCGCCCCCUCACCGGAGCAGAGCAGCGCGAGGGAGCGCGGGACAGAGGCCAGCCAUGGGCAAGGAAGGGGCCAGCGCCGGCGGCGGCGGCGGCGACGGCGGCAUGUCGGAGUCGGUGAUCCGCAAGGUCCUGAUCUCGUACAUGUACGUGGCGGUGUGGAUCUUCCUCUCCUUCUCCGUGAUCGUCUACAACAAGUACAUCCUCGACCCCAAGAUGUACAACUGGCCCUUCCCCAUCUCCCUCACCAUGGUGCACAUGGCCUUCUGCUCCUCCCUCGCCGUCGCGCUCGUCCGCGUCCUCCGCGUCGUCGACCUCCCGUCCUCCCCCGCCAUGACGUCGCAGCUCUACGUCUCAUCCGUCGUCCCCAUCGGCGCGCUCUACUCGCUCUCGCUCUGGUUCUCCAACUCCGCCUACAUCUACCUCUCCGUCUCCUUCAUCCAGAUGCUCAAGGCGCUCAUGCCCGUCGCCGUCUACUCCAUCGGGGUGCUCUUCAAGAAGGAGACCUUCAAGUCCUCCGCCAUGCUCAACAUGCUCUCCAUCUCCUUCGGCGUCGCCAUUGCCGCCUACGGCGAGGCCCGCUUCGACGCCCGUGGCGUUGCCCUGCAGCUCGCCGCCGUCGCCUUCGAGGCCACGCGCCUCGUCCUCAUCCAGAUCCUCCUCACCUCCAAGGGCAUCUCCCUCAACCCCAUCACCUCGCUCUACUACGUCGCGCCCUGCUGCCUCGCCUUCCUCGUCGUGCCCUGGGUCUUCGUCGAGUUGCCCAAACUGCGCGAAGUCGGCAGCUUCCAGCCGGACCUCUUCGUCUUCGGCACCAACUCGCUCUGCGCCUUCGCGCUCAACCUCGCCGUCUUCCUGCUCGUCGGCAAGACGUCCGCUCUCACAAUGAACGUCGCCGGCGUCGUCAAGGACUGGCUGCUCAUCGCCUUCUCCUGGUCCGUCAUCCGCGACACCGUCACCCCCAUCAACCUCUUCGGCUACGGGAUCGCCUUCCUCGGGGUGGGCUACUACAACCACGUCAAGCUGCAGGCGCUCAAGGCCAAGGAGGCACAGAAGAAGGCGGCGCAGGCCGACGAGGAGGCCGGCUCGCUGCUGCAGGAGCGCGACUCGCACGGCGACCGCAAGACUGACACCCAGGCCUAGCGAGUGUGAUGGAUCUCAUGAUCCAACCGCCCUCGCCCUCAUUCGGAGACCUGGUGCAAACACCAUCUGAAGAUUGGUGGCCUGAUACAUGGUUGAUUUCCACGGAGCUGACAUCGGUUUGGUGCUUUGACGCCUAACCCCAUUGGUUGUUCUUGUGGGGAUUCUUGAGGAAUUUGUUGUGUAGGGAACAUCAGGACGUAGAACUGCCUGCUGGACCAGAAGAAACUUGGAUCUCACAAUGCCACUUUUCUUUUGUGGAGCCAAUACUAUUGUUUUGCUAUUCUUUUUCCAUUUUUUUUUGGUCCCUUCCGAGCGCCUGUACUGUAUUCAAUCAGUGAAGGGAACUCUACAUCAUCAGUACUUAAAAUGACAAUCAUAUGGUACUAUCUACAACAACCUCUGUCCCAAAUUAUGGACAUUGCUUUUGCUA